CGAGUAGAGCUCGAGAAUAACUCGAUUAACUUUUGUGAGGAAACGUGGACAGUACUGCUAACCAUUUACCGGGUCUCUGAAUACAGGAUUACGUUUGUCAUACAGCGUUGCCAUCGCUGCUGCGUUCAUGAGUUUUUUAUCUUCCUGGAGGCUGAGUAUCAGCCGAACUGACUUGAGGAUGCCAAGCUCCAGUCUGAAAGCUUCUCUAGAUGAAUGCAUGGGAGCCCUUGAUCUGUUUCUAAGCAACAGGUUUACAGACGCACUGACCCACCUUGAAGCAAAAACCAAAGAUAGCAUGUAUCAUGCCUUAACUUAUGCCACUAUUAUGGAAAUGCAGGCAAUGAUGACCUUUGACCCCCAAGAUAUUCUAGCAGCUGGGAAUAUGAUGAAAGAAGCUCAAACCAUCUGUCAAAGGUUUAGAAAGAAAUCUACAGUAGCUGAUUCCUUCAAUAGUCUAGUUCAUAAGCAUGGUGCUAACCAGUUCACAGAAGAAGAGCUCCAUGCUGAGGUGUGCUACGCUGAAUGUUUACUUCACAGAGCUGCUCUGACAUUUUUACAGGAUGAAAACAUGAUUAGUUUUAUCAAAGGAGGAAUGAAAGUAAGGAACAGUUAUCAGACAUAUCGGGAACUUCAGCAUUUAGUGCAGUCUGCUAGUUACAUCCAAGGUGAGAACCACUGCCAUUUUGAAGGUGGUGUAAAGCUAGGUGUUGGAGCCUUCAAUCUGACUUUAUCAAUGUUGCCUACACGAGUCCUUCGGCUGUUGGAGUUUGUUGGCUUUUCCGGUGACAAGGAAUAUGGCCUAGCUCAGCUUCAUGAAGGAGCAUUGACUCAUAACUUCAGAGCAGUCCUGUGCACUAUGCUGCUACUGUGUUACUACACAUUUAUGAGUUUCGUUCUAGGAACUGGUGAUGGAGAUCUUGAAGAUGCAGAAAGAUUACUUCAACCAUAUUUAAAGCGCUACCCUAAAGGUGCCAUAUUCCUAUUCUUUGCAGGAAGAAUUGAAGAAAUAAAAGGCAACCUUGAUACGGCCAUUGCUCGAUUUGAGGAAUGCUGUGAGGCCCAGCAGCACUGGAAACAGUUCCAUCAUAUGUGUUACUGGGAGUUGAUGUGGUGCUUUACAUACAAGAGACAAUGGAAGAUGGCCUACUUCUAUGCAGACCUCCUUUGCAAAGAAAACUCUUGGUCAAAGGCCACUUACACAUACAUGAAAGCUGCCUAUCUCAGUAUGUUUGGAAAAGACGAUCACAAACCUUUUGGAGAUGAUGAAAAUGAACUUUUUAGGAAAGUGCCAGAUAUGAAACAGAAGAUUGCUGGAAAAUCUUUGCCUACAGAGAAAUUUGCUAUUCGAAAAACACGAAGAUAUUUUGCUGAGAACCCACAUAGGCUGCCAGUGCCUCCUUUGGAAAUGAUGUACAUUUGGAAUGGAUAUACUGUGAUUGGGAAACACCGACAUUUGACAGAAGGAAUGUUAGAAACUCUGCUGGAAGCUGAAGAAGAACUAGACACCUGUCCAGCCAAUGAAUACCUCAUUGAUGACAAGUGUUUAGUGAAACUGCUGAAAGGUCUGUGCCUAAAAAAUCUUGGCAAAGUUGCAGAAGCUGAACAUCACUUCAGUUAUGUGUACAUGAAUGAAAAAAAUGUAAAGUUUGACCAUUACUUAGUUCCAAAUGCCUUGCUGGAGCACAGUCUUCUACUGCUAGAACAAGGGAAGAAAGAUGAAGCAGUGAAGUUUCUGGAAACUGCCAAGCAUGACUACAAGAACUACUCCAUGGAAUCAAGAACACAUUUUAGAAUUCAGUCUGCCUUGCUCAGAGCCAGAUUGCCAACAACGAACGGGAUUCAUUCUGCCUCCUAGCUCAGAGUAAGACUCAGUACAGUAUCCCAAGCCCCUUGAUAAACAGGAAAAAAAGUAAUAUACUCAUGACUGAAGAAGCCUACACUCUGUAAAAUACUGGAAACAUUUAUCAAUAUAAUAACAAACAAGUCAAGACUGCAGUAUCUGGUAAUGACUUUCCCUUUUUCCCAGACUGCAGUAUGGAUAUAUUCAGAUUUCUUCAGAUAUGCCUUAUUUAAAAGUAAGAUGGGAUUCAUAUGUGAAUCAUUCAGAAGAAAUCUCUCAAGACAUACCUCAGGCUUUCAACACAUCCUUUUGAAACAUUGUUCCUUUAAAAAUUACCAAGAGCUUUACUUACAGCAGACAGCACUAAACAGAUAGUCAAUAUAUUAAUGAAUAUAUGUAUAUAUUAUAAAACUAUUUACACAAAAGAUGUUCUGUUAAUUGCAUAUGUUUAACAAGGUUGCUGUUUUUAUGUCAGAGCAUACUGUGUGUCAUCAGUGUUCAGUUCACAGAAUAUUGGAAAACCAGAUGCAGAUGUCUGUUAUAGCUUAAGAAUUUAUUGCACAUUUUGGACUGUUGCUCUGGUCUGGUGUAAAGUGUAUGCUCACAGCUGUAGGUAGUAAGAAGCCACUGAAAGGGAUAUUGGAUGACUGAUCAAUAUACUUAUUGAAUUUCCCCUCAAACAACUAAGUACAGUUCAAGGAAGAAUUUAAAAAUUGUCUUUUUGAAAGGGUAAAAUUACCACUCUCUAUACAGAGGGCUGUGAACGCUUGCAUUCCCAUUACUUAAUGCAAUCAACUCAUACGUGGAAUUGAGAGUCCUUUCUCCAAUGAUCUAUGUAUUAAUAAAAGCGCAUUUCGCACACCUUAAAUCAGCGGACUGGCCAUCGAUCAUACAUCCUACAUCCAUUUGUGUGUUCCUUUCUGGAGACAGAAGAGUAGAGUUCAUAGCCGACUGGUGGUACAUUUGACAUAUGAAAUAUAAGAGAUCUGUCUUAUUUUGACAGUUCCUGUUCAACACAUUUUAAAGCAUUUCUUGAGGUUGUAUGAAGUUAUGCUUUUCAAAAAUAGCAGUAAGCACCCUUCUUAUACAGCUAUACCUCAGACCACAUUUGCUGACUCCCCUCUCCCACCACAUUGUAUAUGUAAAUAUUGCAUUUGUUAUUUAAAAAAAUAUAUAUAUUCAUAUAUAGGCUGCAGUCCUUCCAUGGCAGUAUCUCUCUAUACAUGCCAGGAGCCCAUUACAUACUAAAUAGGUUCACAACAAGGACCUGGACUGUGUUAUGUGGGGUAAUGAGUCAGUUUAAUCGUGCUUUCACAGGUGGCUAUUAUAAUCUAUUUUGUUAGGAUUCCUGUUAUUUGGGUGGGGCCAUUUUUCAAAACUGUACUUACAUCAUCUGGUGCCGUGUGCAGUUCCACAAACUGAUUCUCCUCUCAACUCAAAAUGACGAUCAAAAAAAAAAAAAACAUAAAUGGUAGCAAGCUACUUUGAACAAAUGUAACAAGCAGCUUGCUACAGUUAAAUCACCAUCAAUAAUCACUUCCACUGUGACCCAAAUGCUGUAUUGGUAUUCAUUUAUGAAGACACAAUAUCCUUACAGCUUCGUAAAGCAAUGCUGGUACUGUGCUCACACACAACUGGCAUCUGACAAUUGUGCCUCAUAAUAGCUUAUGCCUGGGGUGACUACCCACUUAACUAUGCCAUUUUAAUUAAACUGCUCUUUUACCUUUAAAAUAAUUAAAAGAAAAAGUGCUUAAGCUUCCUGUUUGGUGAUAGCAGUCACUUUCCUGAUUAGAUGCCAUUUAGAAGUCAUGAACAGGUAUCAAAUGGUUGAGUAGAGAUAGUUUGGAUACCAUAAUAUACCCCUGCAUAAAAAAAAUGCAAUAAUAACAAUAAUUUACAUUUUUAAAUAAAGGGGGCCAUUGUUACCCAAAGACUUGAGAUUUUAAAGCCUAAAUUUUAAAGGUGUGUGUGUGUGUGUGUGUGUGUGUGUGUGUGUGUGUAUGUAUGUAUGUGUGUGCGUGUACAUGUAUGAUUAUAUCACCAGUCAUCGUUCACCACUUUCAUUUGUACAUAGCAUAUCUUAGAACAGAACCUCACUGUGAGCAGCAAUUAAGCUAACUAAAAUAUCUAAAACAGUUAAACAAAAAAUGAUCAAACAGGUUUGCCAAAUGGUUUACAUUUUUGAUCACAGAACAAAGAAAAAUGAACCCACCUGUUAAAAAAGUAUUUAAAAAACACACUAUAGCUACCCAACAUACCUAAAACUGUUUACAUACAUGACUACAGCACAGUGUUUUACAUGGGGGACUUCAGUUUCCAAAUCCUUUGCUGUAGGGGCUGUGCCCCCAACCUCCUAACUUAUAUAUGCUUACUCCUGGGUCGCAGAACUGCAACCAAAAGGAAAUUACUAUAUAUUAUGAUGUAGCCAACAAUCUGUCACUUGACAGUAGCAUAAUACAAUGAAUUUCACCACCAGCACUUUGUGUAAAACACCCCGCAUGCAAUGAAACAAGUUAGUAACCGCAUACAUAUAUAUUUUUAUGAUUAUAUAUUCCAAAUUACCAAAACCCAUCAAAACUCAACAAACCAAAAAAUUGACUAUCUUCUGAAAUUCCCUAUUACCUUUUGCAACAAGCAAAACACAGUAAGACAGCUAUUACAGCACACUAUACAUGCACACAAGCACUCCACAUCAAAUCAGACAAUACCAUUAAAAUAAUUUACAAUCUCUGCACACAUUUAUGCAAACACUUAAAAACCUAAAACAAAAACUCAGUGUUUUUUUUUUUUAUGAGGAGCUUUGCCUUUCACAUCCCUGAUACAGGCAAUCUACCCUACUUUUCCUUAUUUAUUUAUUUAUUGUAAUUCCAUGGUUGUAUAACAAGAAUCCAAACGCAAAAUGUCAAGAAAAUGCUAUAGCCAAUCACUCAGGAGUCAGUUGUAUCUCCCACCCAUUGACAAAAUGUGAAGUUGACAGAAGCACUUGCAAUCAUAUGUGAAUAUCUAUCUAUCUAUUUAUAUAUAUCUAUAUAUAUAUAUAUAUAUGUG